GGCAUUGGCAGUGAGCAGGCUUGAGUGACAGGCUGCAGUGCAGUAGGUUUGCACGGGCUCCCCUAUAUGGCUGUGGAUUAGCUAUAUGCUAAUAUCGUUUGGAGAGAGGAGCAGCAGCACGGUGCUGCGAGCCGACAGUGGAGGCUAUCAGAGUCUAAGCAGGCUCCUCAACAGCCAUGGCUGAAGGCGGAGAAGGGGAAGAUGAAAUUCAGUUCUUAAGAACUGAUGAUGAAGUGGUGCUGCAGUGUGUUGCCAGCAUCCAGAAGGAGAAUCGCAAGUUCUGCCUGACGGCGGAGGGACUCGGCAAUCGACUGUGCUACCUGGAGCCCACAUCAGAGGCGAAGUAUGUUCCUCCAGACCUGUGCAUCUGUAACUUUGUGCUGGAGCAGUCCCUGUCUGUGCGUGCCCUGCAGGAGAUGCUGGCCAAAACGGGACAGAACAGUGAAGGACCUCACGACCUCAACCAAUGGAGGCUCAUGAGAAAGGCGGCACAAGGGGGCGGACACCGGACUCUCCUGUAUGGCCAUGCCAUCCUCCUGAGGCAUUCCUUCAGUGGAAUGUACUUAACCUGUUUGAAGACAUCAAGGUCCGUGACAGAUAAGCUGUCAUUUGAUGUGGGCCUGCAAGAGGAUUCAACAGGUGAAGCGUGUUGGUGGACCAUCCACCCAGCCUCCAAGCAGAGAUCAGAGGGGGAGAAGGUUCGCAUUGGAGAUGACCUCAUCCUGGUCAGCGUGUCCUCAGAGCGCUACCUGCACAUCUCCAUCUCCAACGGCAACAUCCACGUCGAUGCCUCUUUCAUGCAGACCCUGUGGAAUGUGCACCCCACCUGCUCAGGCAGCAGUGUGGAAGAAGGUUAUUUGCUGGGGGGGCAUGUGAUGCGGUUGUUUCAUGGGCAUGAUGAGAGCCUCACCAUUCCGGGGUCAGACCAGAGUGAAGACCAACAGAGGAUAGUGAACUAUGAGACGGGCAAAGCAGGUGCAAAGGCCAGGUCUCUGUGGAGGCUGGAACCACUCAGAAUCAGCUGGAGCGGGAGUCACAUUCGGUGGGGGCAGCCUUUCCGCCUUCGCCACCUCACCACAGGCCACUAUCUGGCACUGACGGAGGACCGUGGGCUGGUGCUGCAGGACCGCGAGAAAUCCGACACGACGUCGACUGCCUUCUGCUUCAGGGCCUCCAAGGACAAGCAGGACUCAAGCCCGAAGCGUGAUAUUGAAGGCAUGGGGGUGGCGGAGAUUAAGUAUGGAGACUCGAUCUGCUUCGUCAUGCAUGCGGCCACAGGGCUGUGGCUGUCCUACCAGGCGCCUGAUGUAAAAUCCGCUCGCCUAGGGCCUCUCAAAAGAAGGGCCUGUCUCCACUCUGAGGGGCACAUGGACGACGGGCUGACGCUGCAGCGAUGUCAGCACGAGGAGUCGCGGGCCGCCCGCAUCAUCCGCAACACCACACGGCUCUUCAGCCAGUUCAUCAGAGACCUGGACAGCUUGAGGGGGAAGAAUCGUGUGGCGGUAGCCCUGCCUAUUGAGGAGGUCCUGCAGACCCUGAAUGACCUCAUCACCUACUUCCAGCUUCCCGACGCUGAGCUGGAGCACGAGGAGAAACAAAUCAAGCUGCGCUCGCUCAAGAACCGGCAGAACCUCUUCAAACAGGAGGGAAUGCUGACUCUGGUGUCCAACUGCAUCGACCGUCUGAACGUGUACAACAGCGCGGCGCACUUCGGCGAGAGCUCCGGGGAGGAGGCGGCCGGGGCCUGGAAGGACAUCCUCAAUCUGCUAUACGAGCUGCUGGCUGCCUUGAUCCGUGGGAACAGGAACAACUGCACCCAGUUCUCGCAAAACCUGGAUUGGUUGGUCAGCAAGCUGGAGAGACUGGAAUCCUCCUCAGGAAUCCUGGAGGUCCUCCACUGCAUCCUAAUCGAGAGCCCGGAAGCGCUGAACAUCAUCCAGAGAGGACACAUUAAGUCCAUCAUCUCCCUGCUGUACAAACACGGCCGCAACCACAAGAUCUUGGAUGUCCUCUGCUCCCUCUGUGUUUGCAAUGGAGUGGCUGUAAGAGCCAAUCAGAACCUCAUCUGUGAUCACCUGCUCCCAAAGAGGGACCUGCUCCUUCAAACACGACUGGUUAAUGAUGUCCAAAGCAUGAGGCCCAAUAUCUUCCUAGGCAUGAGUGAGGGGUCGGCGCAGUACAAGAAGUGGUACUAUGAGCUGAUGAUCGAUCAGGUGGAUCACUUCCUGACCAGCGAGCCCUCACACCUGCGUGUGGGCUGGGCCACCACCAAAGGGUACGCCCCCUACCCCGGAGGCGGUGAGGGCUGGGGGGGCAAUGGCGUGGGAGACGACCUGUACUCUUACAGCUUCGAUGGCCUUCACCUCUGGUCAGGGCGGAUCCCCCGGGCAGUGGCCUCCAUCAACCAGCACCUGCUGACCUCAGAUGACGUGGUGAGCUGCUGCCUGGACCUGGGCGCCCCCAGCAUCUCCUUCCGCAUCAACGGGCAGCCAGUGCAGGGCAUGUUCGAGAACUUCAACACCGACGGCCUCUUCUUCCCUGUUGUCAGCUUCUCCGCCGGGGUCAAAGUGCGUUUCCUGUUGGGUGGUCGCCAUGGUGACUUCAAGUUCCUGCCGCCCUCUGGAUAUGCCCCCUGCUAUGAGGCCCUGCUGCCCAAGGAGAAAAUGCGGGUGGAGCCUGUGAAGGAGUACAAACGUGACUUCGACGGUGUGAGGGAUCUGCUGGGCACCACAGAGUUCAUGUCCCAGGCCUCCUUCAUCCCCACUCCUGUGGAAACCAGCCAGAUUGUUUUGCCUCCACACCUCGAAAAAGUCCGGGACAAACUAGCCGAGAACAUCCAUGAACUCUGGGGUAUGAACAAGAUUGAGCUUGGCUGGUCUUACGGUAAGAUGCGAGAUGACAACAAGAGGCACCAUCCCUGCCUUGUGGAUUUCUCCAAACUCCCUGAAACUGAAAAGAAUUAUAACCUGCAGAUGUCAACGGAAACCUUGAAGACCUUAUUGGCAUUAGGAUGCCAUGUUGUGCAAGUCAAUGUCAAUGCAGAAGAAGACCUGAAAAAAAUGAAACUUCCUAAGAACUACAUGAUGUCGAAUGGUUAUAAACCUACGCCACUGGAGCUUUCUGAUGUGAAACUGACCCCUGGUCAGGAAGUUCUGGUUGAUAAACUGGCCGAGAAUGCCCACAAUGUUUGGGCCAAGGACAGAAUAAAACAAGGAUGGACCUAUGGCAUUCAGCAGGAUUUGAAGAGCAAGCGCAAUCCUCGCCUGGUGCCAUAUGCUUUAUUAGAUGAGCGCACCAAGAAGUCGAACCGAGACAGCCUCCGUGAGGCUAUUCGAACAUUGAUAGGAUACGGAUACAACAUUGAUCCUCCCGACCAAGAGAGUGCGGCACAUACCAUCGAGAGGCUGAGCAUCGACAAGAUCCGUUUCUUCCGUGUGGAGAAGACAUACGCAGUGAAGACGGGAAAGUGGUACUUUGAGUUUGAGGCAGUGACGGGCGGGGACAUGCGUGUGGGCUGGGCCCGCCCGGGCUGCAGGCCCGACAUCGAGCUGGGCAUGGAUGACCAGGCCUUCGUCUUCGAUGGAUUCAAGGGUCAGCGCCAGCACAUGGGAAGCCGAUUCUUCGGUCGCAACUGGCAUGCAGGGGACGUGGUGGGCUGCAUGAUUAACAUGGAGGACAAGUCCAUGAUCUUCACCCUCAACGGAGAGAUCCUUAUCACCAACAAAGGCUCCGAGCUCUGCUUUGCUGACUUCGAGACUGAAGACGGUUUCAUCCCAGUGUGCAGCCUGGGCCUCUCUCAGAUCGGACGCAUGAAUCUUGGGAAGGAUGCUAGCACCUUCAAGUACUACACCAUGUGUGGGCUACAGGAGGGCUUCGAACCAUUUGCAGUCAACAUGAACCGAGAAAUUACCAUGUGGUUCAGCAAACGCUUACCGACCUUCGUCAACGUGCCGAAAAAUCACAGUCACAUUGAGGUAACCAGAAUCGACGGGACCGUAGACGGCCCGCCCUGCCUCAAAGUGACCCACAAGACCUUCGGGACCCAGAACAGCAACGCUGACAUGUUGUUCUGCCGCCUGAGCAUGCCUGUGGAGUUCCACUCCACCUUCAGGACCAGCCCCGCCAUCGACAUCAACGGGGUGUACGAGGACGACUCCCAGAAAGCUAAGCACAGGCACCCGCUGAAAUCCCUGAAGCACUCGGAGGAUGGAAGAAGGGCAGAUUACAGCAGCAUCACAGUGUACUACCACUCUGUAAGGAUAUUUGCGGGCCAGGACCCCACCUGUGUGUGGGUCGGCUGGGUCACCCCCGACUACCAUUACUACAGCAACCACUUCAACCUCAGCAAGAACCGCACGGUUACCGUCACCUUGGGCGACGAGCGCGGGCGGGUCCACGAGAGUGUGAAAAGGAGCAACUGCUACAUGGUGUGGGGCGGGGACAUCGCCAGCGCCUCCCACUCCUCCAGCCGCAGCAACGUGGAUCUGGAGAUUGGCUGCCUCAUUGACGUGGCCACCGGCCUCGUGUCCUUCACCGCCAACGGCAAGGAGCUGGCCACCUCCUACCAGGUUGAACCGAACACAAAGCUUUUCCCAGCAGUAUUUGUGCGGCCAACCAGCCCCAACCUAUUCCAGUUGGAGCUGACAAAGAUAAAGAACGCCAUGCCACUGUCAUCGGCCAUCUUCAAGAGCGAGCACAAGAACCCGGUGCCGCAGUGCCCGCCGCGGCUGGACGUGCAGACCAUCAUCUCGGUGCUGUGGAGCCGCAUGCCCAACACCUUCCUGAAGGUGGAGACGGCGCGCGUCAGCGAGAGGCACGGCUGGGUGGUGCAGUGCCUGGAGCCGCUGCAGAUGCUGGCCGUGCACAUCCCCGAGGAGAACAGGUGUGUGGACAUAAUGGAGCUCUCUGAGCAAGAGGACCUGAGGAAGUUCCACUACCACACCCUCAAGCUGUACUGCGCCCUCUGUGCUCUGGGGAACACGCGGGUAGCCCACGCCCUGUGCAGCCACCUGGACCAGUCCCAGCUUCUCUACACAAUCGACAACCAGUACCUGUCGGGCAUGCUGCGGGAGGGCUUCUACGACGUGCUCAUCAGCAUCCACCUGGAGACAGCCAAGGAGGCGCGGCUCAUGAUGAACAACGAGUUCAUCAUCCCGGUGACGGACGAGACACGCAGCAUCCGCCUCUUCCCUGACGAGUCCAAGACCCACCAGCCCCCCGGCGUGGGCCUCAGCACCUCACUCAAGCCCCGCCUCAACUUCGCCCCGCCCUGCUUCAUCACCACCAAGCGGGAGCAGCACCUGUACAGCCCCCAGAUCCCGCUGGACGUGCUGAAGGAGAAGGCCAUCAGCAUGCUGACGGAGGCGGUGCAGGGCGGCGGCCACCACAUCCGCGACCCCGUGGGCGGCAGCGUGGAGUUCCAGUUCGUGCCCAUCCUCAAGCUGAUCGGCACGCUGCUCAUCAUGGGCGUGCUGAACAGCGAGGACGUGCAGAAGAUCCUGCUGCUCAUCGACCCCAACGUCUUUGGCGAGCACAAGGAGGAGGAGCCCGAGGAGGCCGCUGAGAAGGAGGAGGUGACCAGCAACGAGGAGAAGGCUGUGGAGGCUGGGGAGGAGGAGGCGAAAGAGGUCAAGCAGGCUGUGAAGGGCCUGCUGGAGAAGAGGCUCCCAGAGUCUGUCAAGCGGCAGAUGUGUGAGCUCCUUCAUUACUUCUGUGACUGCGAGCUGAAGCACCGCAUCGAGGCUAUCGUGUCCUUCUCGGACAGCUUUGUGUCCAAGCUGCAGUACAACCAGAAGUUCCGCUACAACGAGCUAAUGCAGGCGCUCAACAUGUCCGCUGCUGUCACGGCUAAGAAGACGAAGGAGUUCCGCUCCCCGCCCCAAGAACAGAUCAACAUGCUGCUGAACUUCAGCACGGGAGAGGACUGCCCCUGCCCAGAGGAAAUCCAGGAGGAGCUGUACGAAUUCCACAAUGAACUGCGGCUGCACUGCGGAAUCCCAAUGGAAGAGGAGGAAGAGGAGCAAGACACCUCCAUCAAAGGCCGCCUACUUGCCCUUGUGUACAAGAUCAAAGGUCACCCACAGAAAACUGAGGAGAGUCCUACUGAAGAAGAACAGGCAGCUCCCACGAACCUGAAGGAGCUGAUCUCGCAGACGAUGGUGAGCUGGGCGCAGGAGUGCCACAUCCAGGACCCGGAGCUGGUGCGGGUGAUGUUCAGCCUGCUGCGCCGGCAGUAUGACAGCAUCGGCGAGCUGCUGCGCGCCAUGAGGAAGAGCUACACCAUCAGCGCCGCCUCCGUGCAGGACACCAUCAACCUGCUGGCCUCCCUCGGCCAGAUCCGCUCCCUGCUCAGCGUGCGCAUGGGCAAGGAGGAGGAGAAGCUCAUGAUCGACGGCCUCGGAGACAUCAUGAACAACAAAGUGUUCUACCAGCACCCAAACCUGAUGCGGGUCCUGGGAAUGCACGAGACCGUGAUGGAGGUGAUGGUCAACGUGCUGGGUGGAGGCAAGUCCCAGGAGAUCGCCUUCCCCAAGAUGGUGGCCAGCUGCUGCCGCUUCUUGUGCUAUUUCUGCCGCAUCAGUCGUCAGAACCAGAAGGCCAUGUUCGACCACCUCAGUUACCUGCUGGAAAACAGCAGCGUGGGCCUCGCAUCUCCCUCUAUGAGGGGCUCCACCCCCCUGGAUGUGGCAGCGUCCUCAGUGAUGGACAACAACGGGCUGGCCUUGGAGCUGGAGGAGCCAGACCUGGAGAAGGUGGUGACAUACUUGGCAGGCUGUGGGCUCCAGAGCUGCCCCAUGCUCCUGGCAAAGGGAUACCCCGACAUCGGCUGGAACCCCAUCGAAGGGGAGCGCUACCUCUCCUUCCUCCGAUUUGCUGUCUUCGUCAACGGUGAGAGCGUUGAGGAGAACUCCAGUGUAGUGGUGAAGCUCCUUAUUCGACGCCCUGAGUGUUUCGGCCCGGCGCUCCGGGGAGAGGGGGGCAAUGGCCUGCUGGCUGCGAUGAAGGAGGCCAUCAAGAUCUCAGAGACCCCCAACCUGGACCUCCCCAGCUCUGCCCAUGGGGUCAGCUCUGUCGGGUCUGCUGAGGAUGAGGAGGAGGAGGAGGUGGUGCACAUGGGCAACGCCAUCAUGUCCUUCUACUCCGCUCUCAUUGACUUGCUGGGACGCUGUGCUCCCGAGAUGCAUCUUAUCAACAAAGGCAAGGGAGAGGCCCUGAGAAUCCGUGCCAUCCUGCGCUCCCUGGUGCCCACAGAGGACCUGGUGGGCAUCAUUAGCAUACCGCUCAAAAUGCCAGUAGUCAAUAAAGACGGCACCGUGACGGAGCCUGACAUGUCGGCGAGCUUCUGUCCGGACCACAAGGCGCCAAUGGUGCUGUUCCUGGACCGUGUUUAUGGUAUUGAGGACCAAAGCUUCCUGCUGCACCUGCUGGAGGUGGGCUUCCUGCCUGACCUGCGGGCCUCCGCUUCCCUGGACACGGAGGCGCUGAGCACCACAGAGACGGCCCUGGCCAUGAACAGGUACAUAGGCUCAGCGAUGCUGCCGCUGCUGACCCGCUGCGCCUCGCACUUCAGCGGCACUGAGCACUACGCCACGCUCAUCGACUCCACCCUGCACACCAUCUACCGGCUGUCCAAGGGCCGCUCGCUCACCAAGGCCCAGCGCGACGCCAUCGAGGAGUGCCUGCUGGCCAUCUGCAAGCACCUACGGCCCUCUAUGCUGCAACAGCUCCUGCGCCGCCUCGUCUUUGAUGUGCCCUUGCUGACGGAGUACUGCAAGAUGCCUCUGCGGCUCUUGACCAAUCACUAUGAGCAGAGCUGGAAGUACUACUGCCUGCCCUCCGGCGGUGGCGGCUUCGGCAUAGCGUCUGAGGAGGAGCUGCUCCUCACCAAGAAGCUCUUCUGGGGUAUCUUUGACUCCCUCUCGCAGAAGAAGUACGACCCGGAGCUGUUCAAAAUGGCCAUGCCCUGUCUGAGUGCCAUCGCCGGCGCGUUGCCGCCUGACUACGUGGACUCCUCCAUCACCAUCACCCUGGAGAAGCAGGCCUCCGUGGACGCCCAGGGCAACUUCGACCCCAAGCCCAUCAGCACCGCCAACAUUUCCCUUCCUGAGAAACUGGAAUAUAUUGCCAACAAAUAUGCAGAGCAUUCCCAUGACAAGUGGUGUGCGGACAAGGUGACUCUGGGCUGGAAGUAUGGGGAGACCAUUGAUGAGAAAGCCAAGAUUCAUCCUCUGUUGAGACCUUAUAAAUCACUCACAGACAAGGAGAGAGAGGUUUACCGCUGGCCUGUGAAGGAGUCUCUGAAGAGCAUGCUGGCUAUGGGCUGGAACAUUGAAAGGACCAAGGAGGGCGAGGCCAUGUUCCAGCAACGGGAGAGCGAGAAACUGCGCAAGAUCUCCCAAUCCUCUCAGGGGAACGGCUUCAGCCCAUGUCCGCUGGACAUGAGCAAUGUGCUUCUUUCCAGGGAGUUACAGGGCAUGGUGGAGGUUGUGGCAGAGAACUACCAUAACAUUUGGGCGAAGAAGAAGAAAACGGAACUGGGAAGCAGAGGUGGCGGUACGCACCCCCUUCUGGUGCCGUACGACACCCUAACCGCCAAGGAGAAGGCCCGGGACAGAGAGAAGGCCCAGGAGCUCUUUCGUUUCCUGCAGAUCAAUGGCUAUGCCAUUACCAGGGGCCUGAAGGACAUGGAGCAGGACUCCUCCUCCAUGGAGAAGCGGUUUGCAUACAAAUUCCUGAAGAGGCUGCUGAAAUACGUGGACUCUGCACAGGAAUUUAUCGCCCACCUAGAGGCCAUGGCCACCAGUGGAAAGUCUGAUAAGUCCCCACAUGAUCAAGAAAUCAAGUUCUUUGCAAAGGUCCUCCUGCCCCUGAUUGACCAGUACUUCAAGAACCACUCCCUCUACUUCCUGUCCUCUCCCAGCAAGAAUCUGAGCAGCAGUGGCUACGCCUCCAACAAGGAGAAGGAGAUGGUCACCAGCCUCUUCUGUAAACUGGCAGCUCUUGUCAGACACAGGAUUUCCCUCUUUGGGAGCGAUUCUGCGACCAUGGUGAGCUGUCUGCACAUCCUGGCCCAUACGCUGGAUACCAGGACAGUGAUGAAGUCGGGCUCGGAGCUGGUGAAGGCUGGACUGCGCACGUUCUUCGAGAACGCGGCCGAGGACCUGGAGAAGACGCUGGAGAACCUGAAGCUGGGGAAGUUCACGCACUCGCGCAGCCAGAUGAAGGGCGUGUCGCAGAACAUCAACUACACCACGGUGGCCCUGCUGCCCAUCCUCACCGCCCUCUUCGAGCACAUCACCCAGCACCACUUCGGAGCCGACCUGCUGCUGGAUGAUGUCCAGCUGUCCUGCUAUCGCAUCUUGACCAGUCUGUACUCACUGGGAACUGGGAAGAACAUCUAUGUGGAGAGACAGCUGCCAGCCCUGGGGGAGUGUCUGGCUACCCUGGCAGGAGCCAUGCCUGUGGCUUUCCUGGAGCCCUACCUCAACAUGCACAACCCCUGCUCCGUCUUCAACACCAAGACUCCCCGCGAACGGGCCAUCCUGAGCAUGCCGGACACGGUGGAGGAGAUGUGCCCCGAGAUGCCCCGCCUGGACGGCCUGAUGAAGGACAUCAACGACAUGGCGGAGUCCGGGGCGCGCUACACCGAGAUGCCGCACGUCAUCGAGGUGGUGCUGCCCAUGCUCUGCAACUACCUCUCGUACUGGUGGGAGAAGGGGCCCGAGAACACGUCGGAGAGCAGCGGGGGAGCGCCCUGCUGCACCACGGUCACCUCCGAGCACCUCAGCGUCAUCCUGGGGAACAUCCUCAAGAUCCUCAACAGCAACCUGGGCAUCGACGAGGCCUCCUGGAUGAAGAGGAUCGCUGUGUACGCCCAGCCCAUCAUCAGCAAGGCGCGGGCGGACCUGCUGAAGACCCACUUCCUGCCCACGCUGGAGAAGCUGAAGAAGAAAACGGUGAAGGUGGUGGCGGAGGAGGAGCUGCUGAAGGCCGACAGCAAGGGCGACACCCAGGAGGCAGAGCUCCUGAUCUUGGACGAGUUCGCCGUGCUCUGCAGGGACCUGUACGCCUUCUACCCCAUGCUCAUCCGCUACGUGGACAUCAACAGGUCUAGGUGGUUGAAGGAGCCGGAAGCCGACUCCAAUGAGCUGUUCAGAAUGGUGGCAGAGAUUUUCAUCCUCUGGUGCAAGUCCCAUAACUUCAAAAGGGAAGAGCAAAACUUUGUGGUUCAGAAUGAAAUCAACAACCUUUCCUUCCUAACCGGUGAUAGCAAGACCAAGAUGUCAAAGUCGUUUCUGGGAAAGUCGGGGGGUCAAGAUCAGGAGCGGAGACACAAGAAGCGCCGAGGUGAGUUCUACUCCAUCCAGACCUCCCUCAUUGUGGCGGCCCUGAAAAAGAUGCUGCCAAUCGGCCUCAACAUGUGCACCCCGGGGGACCAGGAGCUCAUCUCGCUGGCCAAGAUCCGCUACAGUCUGAAAGAUACAGACGAAGAGGUCAAAGACCACCUACGGCAGAAUCUUCACCUGCAAGAGAAGUCAGAGGACCCUGCAGUGAGGUGGCAGCUCAAUCUGUAUAAGGACGUGGUGGUUAAGAAUGAGGAGCCACCAGACCCCGAGCGCAUCGUGGACCGAGUGCAGAGCAUCUCCGCUGCUGUCUUCCACCUGGAGCAGGUGGAGCAGCCGCUGAGGUCUAAGAAGUGCGUGUGGCAGAAGCUGCUCUCCAAACAGCGCAAGCGUGCGGUGGUCGCCUGCUUCCGCAUGGCCCCACUCUACAACCUGCCCAGGCACAAAAAUAACAAUUACUUCCUGAACGCCUACCGACACUUUUGGCUGGAAAAAAUGCAUGAGAACACAGACUAUGACAGUCUGCUCUCCAUGCUAACGAAGAUCCAGAUGAAGGUGGAGGAGGAGGAAGAGGAGGAGGCCGAGGUGCAGCCAGACCCACUUCAUCAGCUCAUUCUGCACUUCAGUCACAACGCACUCACUGAGCGAAGUGCCCUGGACGAAGAUCCUUUGUACAUUGCAUAUGCUGACAUGAUGGCUAAGAGUUGUGCAGAAGAUGAAGAAGAGGAAGAGGAGGGGAAAGAGAAGACCUUUGAGGAGAAAGAGAUGGAGAAGCAGAAGACUCUGUACCAGCAGGCCAGACUGCAUGACCGCGGGGCGGCCGAGAUGGUGCUGCAGAUGAUCAGUGCCAGCAAAGGUCGACUGGGGCCCAUGGUGACCUACACUCUCAAACUGGGAAUCUCUAUUCUCAACGGUGGCAAUGUGGUUGUCCAGCAGAAAAUGCUGGAUUACUUGAAGGAAAAAAGAGAUGCUGGCUUCUUCAAGAGUUUAUCUGGACUUAUGCAGUCUUGCAGUGUCCUGGACUUGAAUGCAUUUGAAAGGCAAAAUAAAGCAGAAGGUCUCGGAAUGGUCACUGAGGAAGGAUCAAUCAACGUGAGUGAGCGGGGUUCCAAGGUGCUUCAAAAUGAUGAGUUCACAAAGGAUCUCUUUAGGUUCUUGCAACUUCUCUGUGAAGGUCACAACAACGACUUCCAAAACUUCCUCCGUACUCAGACAGGAAACACCACCACGGUCAACAUCAUCAUCAGCACUGUGGACUACCUGCUCCGUCUGCAGGAGUCCAUCAGUGAUUUCUACUGGUACUACUCUGGGAAGGACGUCAUGGACGAGCCCGGUCAGCGCAACUUCUCCAAAGCCCUGGCAGUGGCCAAGCAGAUCUUCAACUCUCUCACUGAGUACAUUCAGGGCCCCUGCAUUGGAAACCAACAGAGUCUGGCCCACAGCAGGUUGUGGGAUGCAGUGGUGGGGUUCCUACAUGUCUUUGCCAAUAUGCAGAUGAAGCUCUCACAGGAUUCCAGCCAGAUUGAGUUACUGAAAGAGCUGCUGGACCUUCAGAAGGACAUGAUAGUUAUGAUGCUUUCCCUUCUGGAAGGUAAUGUGGUGAAUGGGACGAUUGGCAAGCAGAUGGUGGACACAUUGGUGGAGUCCUCCAGCAAUAUGGAGAUGAUCCUCAAGUUCUUCGAUAUGUUCCUCAAACUGAAGGACUUGACCACCUCAGACAACUUCAAGGAAUAUGACCCCGACAGCAAAGGGGUCAUCUCCAAGAAGGAGUUCCAGAAGUCCAUGGAGAACCAGAAGCAGUACACUCAGUCUGAGAUUGAGUUCCUGUUGUCCUGCGCGGAGGCCGAUGAGAACGACAUGUUCAACUACCAGGAGUUUGUGGAGCGCUUCCAUGAGCCUGCCAAAGACAUCGGCUUCAAUGUAGCUGUGCUGCUCACCAACCUGUCGGAGCACAUGCCCCAUGAUUCCCGGCUGGGCACCUUCUUGGACCUGGCUGAGAGCGUGCUCAGCUACUUUGAGCCCUACCUGGGCCGCAUCGAGAUCAUGGGUGGCGCCAAGCGGAUCGAGAGGGUCUACUUUGAGAUCAGCGAGUCCAGCAGGACCCAGUGGGAGAAGCCACAGGUUAAGGAGUCCAAGCGGCAGUUCAUCUUUGAUGUGGUCAACGAGGGUGGCGAGAGUGAGAAGAUGGAGCUCUUUGUCAACUUCUGUGAGGACACCAUCUUUGAGAUGCAGCUGGCCUCCCAGAUCUCUGAGCCGGAUGCUGUGGAGCGGCCGGAGGAGGACGAGGAGGAUGCCCACAGCAUCCUUGAGGAGCUGGAAGAGGAGGAAGAGGAGCGGGCUCUGGAGUCGUCCUCCGCCUUCACCAUCGCCUGCGUAUCCAUGAAGAAGAACCUCUCCCACUUCCGACAGCUGAUCUCCCUCAAGAACAUGCGCAAGCAGUACAAGAAGUUCAAGAAGAUGAGCAUCCGGGAAAUGAUCAAGGGGUUCUUCGCCUUCUUCUGGAUGAUCUUUACUGGCCUCUUCCGCUUCAUGUACAACCUUGUCUGGGGCUUCUUCCACAUCCUCUGGACCUCCAUGUUUGGCGGUGGCCUGGUGGAGGGGGCCAAGAACAUGAAGGUGACAGACAUCCUGGGCAACAUGCCUGACCCAACCCAGUUUGGCAUCCAUGGUGAUGUGCUGGAGACAGAAAAGAUGGAGCCCAGCGAGUCGGCAUCAGCAGCGGAGUUGGUGCAGUUGGCUAAAGGAGACAAGGGUGAUGUGGAUCUAAUGUCGGAGCUGAUGACUAUACCGCCGAAGAGGGAGGGGGGCAAGCAUGCACCGGAGCCCGGCCUGGGUGACGUCUCUGAGAUCAUCGGGGCUGAUGCGCCUUCAAUAGCCAGUGCUGUAAAUCAGAAAAAAGCUCAGAAGGAGGCUGCUUCCAAAGAGAUAGAGAAGGAUCAGAAGGCAGAACCCGAGAAGGCAGAUUCCGAGGAUGGAGAGAAGAAGGACAAGGCCAAGGAGGAGGAGCCAUCAGAGCCCGUGGUGGAAGAGAAGGUCCCCAUAAGGAGACAUGGCCAGAAGAAGGAGGUGCCAGAAGCCUUCAUGGCCAGCUUCUUUGCAGGAUUAGAUGUCUACCAGACCAAGAUGCUGAACUAUCUGGCCAGAAACUUUUACAACCUUCGUUUGCUGGCUUUGUUCGUGGCCUUCGCCAUCAACUUUAUCCUGCUCUUCUACAAGGUGACUGGUGAGGAAUCUGAUGAGGAAGACUCGGACCCCUGGAACGGUGAUGACGAAGAUGAGGAUGAGGGUGGUAUGGAGUACUUUGUGUUGCAGGAGAGCACUGGCUACAUGGCACCCACUCUACGCUUCCUGGCUGUGCUCCACACUGUCAUCUCUUUCCUUUGUGUGGUGGGAUACUAUUACCUGAAGGUUCCCCUGGUGGUGUUCAAGCGUGAGAAGGAGAUCGCCAGGAAGCUGGAGUUCGACGGCCUGUACAUUACCGAGCAGCCCUCCGAUGAUGACAUCAAAGGACAGUGGGAUCGGCUGGUCAUCAAUACCCCAUCCUUCCCCAACAACUACUGGGACAAAUUUGUGAAACGCAAGGUGAUUAAUAAGUAUGGGGAUCUUUAUGGAGCAGAGCGUAUUGCAGAGCUUCUGGGCCUGGACAAGAGUGCCCUGGACUUCAACCCCACUAAGGAGACAGCGGCGAAGGAUGACUCGCUGGUGUCCUGGCUUAGCUCCAUUGACACCAAGUAUCAUGUCUGGAAAAUGGGGGUGGUGUUCACUGACAAUCCUUUCCUCUACCUGGUGUGGUACACCACCAUGUCCAUCCUGGGCCACUACAAUAACUUCUUCUUUGCCGCUCACCUGCUGGAUAUCGCCAUGGGCUUCAAGACACUGAGGACCAUCCUGUCCUCUGUCACCCACAAUGGUAAACAGCUUGUGCUGACCGUGGGCCUGCUGGCCGUGGUGGUGUACCUCUACACCGUGGUGGCCUUCAACUUCUUCCGCAAGUUCUACAACAAGAGCGAGGACGAGGACGAGCCGGACAUGAAGUGUGACGACAUGAUGACGUGCUACCUGUUCCACAUGUACGUGGGCGUGCGAGCGGGCGGUGGCAUCGGUGACGAGAUCGAGGAUCCGGCGGGUGACCCCUACGAGCUGUACCGCAUCCUCUUCGACAUCACCUUCUUCUUCUUUGUCAUUGUCAUCCUGCUGGCUAUCAUCCAGGGUUUGAUCAUUGAUGCGUUCGGAGAGCUGAGAGAUCAACAGGAGCAAGUGAAGGAGGACAUGGAGACUAAGUGUUUCAUCUGUGGGAUUGGAAAUGACUACUUUGACACGACACCCCAUGGCUUUGAGACACAUACCUUACAAGAGCACAACCUGGCCAACUACCUGUUCUUCCUUAUGUACCUCAUCAACAAGGACGAGACAGAGCACACCGGUCAGGAGUCCUACGUGUGGAAGAUGUACCAGGAGAGAUGUUGGGACUUCUUCCCCGCGGGAGACUGUUUCCGCAAGCAGUACGAGGACCAGCUGGGUUAGAGAGGCCACCGAUGCGCCCCCCAGUGCUGCUCCACAGAGAACCCGAUAGAGACACGCCCUCAGCCAGUUCUACUACCGCACUUCCAGCGAAGCAAGUUAACCACUGAAAAAUGUACGCCUCUUUUGAGACUUUAAAAGAGAGACUAGACGCACGAGUCGAAAUGCUACCUUUUGUAUUACGGAAAUUACCAUUUCAUAUCAAUGUAAGAUGUUUUCCUGUUACCUAUGGUACAGUGUCACGUGCCAAUUUACAAGAGACUGCAAAUUCCAACCUGCCCAGACUUUUACUUUCUGCUCUUUUCUGGAACAGUUGAUUAUUUUGACAACGUGUUGCCUUUCCUCCGCAUAACCCCAAACCAUUGCACAAAUUUUUUGUCUUUUUGAGAAACACUGGAUUGUGUGGGGUUAUGGAAUGAGGUGUGAAUCUCCGCCCUAAUAUGCACAAGAAUACUACUUCAAUAUUCGCUGAAUGUUGAACAUGAGACUUAUGCCAAACCCUAGGGUGAGUAGAUUUAUAGAGAGAAACAAAUGUGUUUUAUUAUUCAUGGUGUCAAUCUGCUUGCUGAGAUGAAUAAUACAGUUUAAAAGAAUUGUCCAGCUAAAAGGCUGAACAUGCUAUGAGAUGCCUACUAUCAAGUAUCAAUAAAGUGCCUUACCUACAUGACAAAAAAGCUAUGCAAAACCAUUUCUGUUCUUUCUAGAAUGUUAGUGCUGUAGUUCUCCUGGAUUAGCAACAAGCAAAUGUACCUAGGUUAGUUUUGUGGCUUUUGUUUUCAUUUGUUUUUUAAAGAGGUUGAACUGUGUGGUAAUGCUCUAUGGUUGAGGUUCUGUCAAACUGCAGCAUCCCUAUUGGAAAUCGUCACGGUACAAUGGAAAAAAAAACACUAAAAACUCACAAUUCAAAAUUUGCUGAACACUCUACAAAAAAUGCUGUUGUAUGGCCAUUUGUAUGUAGUAGCUUUGCUAAACUGUGCUCUUUUGAGGAAAAAAAAUAAAUUACCCAGUGCAAUAAAUUCCAUCUCUCAA